AUGACGGAAGUACAGAAUUUGAACCCUACGAUUCUCAACGUGGCGGAUCUUCCCACGAGAAAUCGACCCUCCAAGAAAUAUAGCGACUACGAGAGUGGAAUUUUCGCGGCCGUUCCAAACCCAGCCGACUUCCUGUCGUCUGACUCUGAAGACGAUGAUUUGCUAGAAGAACCGAUUGACGAGCAAGAGAUAUAUGACCUGAUCAAAUUGAUUUCGGACCCGGAACAUCCCCUCUCCCUCGGCGAACUUGCAGUGGUCUCACUCCCAGAUAUCUUCAUCAAGCCGACUUUGCCCAACGUUCCGGGAUCUCCCCUUCAAACCGUCACUGUUCUCAUUACUCCAACAAUCACCCACUGCAGUCUUGCAACUGUUAUCGGUCUCGGUGUCCGUGUACGACUGGAGCAGUCUCUCCCUCCGCGUUUCCGAGUGGACGUGCGGAUCAAAGAAGGAACCCACAGUACCGGUGAUGAGGUCAAUAAGCAGCUAGGCGACAAGGAGAGAGUAGCAGCUGCUCUGGAAAACGGGGCGCUGAUGCAAGUCAUCGCCAAAAUGAUGGAAACCUGUCAAUGA